UAUUUAGCCUUGGAGUUGGACAGGAAGGGUCCCACCAUGGCCAUAGGGGUAUCCGGACAACCCACUCACGUGGCACGCGGUCUAGGUCGGCUGUUCCGCCUGCAUGUCGCCUUCAACGUCGUCGAGGAGACGGGCGUCGACACGUACAAGCCGACCCCGUUCUCGCUCGCCAUUGGCGACGAGAGCACAAAGGUCCGCGCCUCGCUCGAGGCCGCAAACAACCAGUACAUCCUGGCCGGGCUCAACCUGCCCAAGUACCUGGCCAAGAUCGGCUACCAGGAGCCGACGGCAGCCGACGGCAACAACCACUCCGAGAGCGACCCGGACGGCCUCAACUUCUUCGGCCGCCUGCAGAAGUCGCCCAAGUACUACGGCGACUUCACCGGCCACAUGGAGGCCUGGACCAUGUGGAAGACGCCGUGGACCAAGAUCUACGCCCCGAGCAAGCUGCUCGACGGCGCCGACCUCGCCGGCGCGCCGCUGGUCGUCGACGUGGGCGGCAACACGGGCAUCGACAUCACGCACGUGCUGAAGGCGCAGCCGGGCCUGCCCAGGGGCGCCCUGGUGCUGCAGGACCUGCCCGAGAUCAUCGAGCGCGCCAAGGACCUGGUCGACGGCAGCGUCAUCACGGCCACUGCGCACGACUUCUUCCAGCCGCAGCCCGUCAAGGGCAGCCGCGCGUACUUCAUGCACGCCGUGCUGCACGACUGGGCCGACGACAAGGCCACGGACCUGCUGCGCAACACGCACGACGCCAUGGUCAAGGGCUACUCCAAGCUCUUCGUCUACGACAUCGUGCUGCCCCCCACCGGCGCCAGCAUCAGCCAGGCCACCAUGGACGUCAACAUGAUGUCGCUGCUGUCGGCCUCGGAGCGCACAAAGAGCCAGUGGGAGGCCCUACUGGGCGGUGCUGGGUUCCGCAUCGUCAAGUUCUGGCCCGACCCGCAGGAGUAUGAGAUGUUGAUUGAAGCCGAGAUUGCGUGAGCAAUCUAUUCCGAUUACCUUGUGUCCAGCCGAGAUAUAUUAACAAUAAACUUCAUUUUUGGUCUAAUCGUUCAGAAAUACCUCCGCCGGUCUCCACGAAUGUGAGUGCAUCUCAUGGUUAAAAACGAACUUGCUCAGAGGCCCACAAAGCUGCAAAUAAAGUCGGCCUUGCCCAGCGGCACGCCCUUGGCCCGCAAUAUCGAGUACGCCGUCGUGAUGUGGAAGAUGAAGUUGGGGAUCCCGUGGCCUAGCACCGCUUGCUGCACCGUAAGCUGGACGGGUUUGCCACCAGCGAACCUGUUUUCGCACAAGUACG